GAAGGGGUUGGCGGCGAGUGGAGCGAUGAGCAGCAGCGGCAGCGGUAAGUCACUCCCGAUCGAUUGGCGCCCCCCUUGCCAAGAUAUCUCUCGCCACAGCAAAGAGGGAAUUCCCCCUCGAAGCUGAGAGAUUGGAUGCGAAGCAGAAUAGGGUAUUCAUGCCUCUGCCCUCGUAGAAGCUUUGUGGUAGCUCUUUGUCCUGGAAUUCUCGUGUUUUUUUUCUUUCCAGAGAACUACAUUGCGCCUGGAGCGUGCGUCCCGAUUUUUUACGUGGAGUGCACUCUGUCUGCAUGGCCUCUUCCAGCGGGUGACUGGCAGAAAUCUCUGGAUGGCGCUUUUGGUUUUGCGGUGGAUGCGGCAGCGAAACGUUUCAGCCUGCGGAAGGAAGAUCUGGAGGCCAAGAUCAGUGAUCCUAGCUACAAGAACUCGAGGCUGAAGCCUGAGGCAUGGGCCAGACAGAACUACAUCAGGGUUGUUCCCAAGCCACACCAGGGGCUGGAGGGCGAAAACACGAGACUCAAAGCUCUGAACUCCAAGUUGAUCCUGCAAGUCACCAAACAGAAAGAAGAGAUCGAGAACAAGCUUAUGAAGGUCAACAAAGAGCAAGCUGAGAAAAUCCAGGAGCUGCAGAAGGACUCAAGGGAGAGCCUUAAGGAGGAGAAUACCAAACUCACGGAGAGAGUGGCAGAGCUCGAGGAGAAGCUGAAGGAGGAAACAUCGAAGCGGAAGGAGGAAACUUCAAAGCUGAAGGAUGAAACUUCGAAGCUGAAGGAUGAAACUUCGAAGCUGAAGGAGGAGCUUUCAGCCCAGGGUCGUCAGCUUUCAGCCCAGGGCAAGAGGUUAUCUGGAUUGCGCAUGGUCGAGCGAGUGCUUCUGCGAAAGCUCUGUGAGGCCGCUCGGGAGAAAUGCGUGAGGCUUACGAGAGAAGCAGAUGUGGAGAUCCCACUCGCAGCCGAUGGAAAAACAAAUUGGAAUGCGUUUUUCAACAUUCCAGGGGUCGUGGCAUUGUUAAACGAUGCAGGGCUCACUGUGGGGCUCGAGUAUGCCAGAUCGAUCCCGCGGCGUUUGCAUGCCGGUGUGCAUCAAGUGGUGGAGUCAGAGGAGGUGUUCGUGGACACAGUGCUGGAGCUGAUGCUCGACGAGUUCCGGACCAAAAUGGAGAACAUUCUGGUGUUCGUCUAUCCAGUAGCGCAAGCUUCUCUCCAAGCAGCCUUUAAGGCUGACGCUCUGACUGAGUAAAGGUUUUUCAACGCCCUCGAAUUUUCUCCCUUCGGUAGCCAUCCUCUCGAGUUCUGGAGCCUCUUCUACAAGUCUGUUAUUCUUACCUUUGGAAGAUAUUCAAAAAAUAAACUCUUUAGGUAAGUGAGUAAGUUAAAGUAAACGUUAAAG